AUGAACAUAUUCAAAGCCGCUACACGUCUCAGUCGUCCAUCAUCGCUCUUUACACAUUCUUUGUCGAUAAAACCCUUUCGACAGAAUACACUGGUAUUCGUGAGACUACUUUCAGAUUCACUAAGGGAGAACAUUGACAGUAUUGUAAAAAGUAAAGAUGUGACUUUGUUCAUGAAAGGAACUCCUGAAGAACCACAGUGCGGGUUCAGUCGAGCAGUAGUUCAAAUAUUUCGUAUUCAAGGGCUUGACUUUAGUAAGCUCAGGACGGUUGAUAUAUUACAAGAUCAAAAUCUUCGAGAUGGCCUAAAAGAAUAUUCAUCAUGGCUAACAUUUCCCCAAGUUUACGUUAAAGGAGAAUUUGUUGGUGGGUGUGAUAUAAUGCUGAACAUGCACCAGUCUGGGGAAUUGGAAGAGCUGUUGGUGAAGGAGAAAUUGGUCGCAAAUCAACCAGAAGCAACAGUCGGGGAGACUAAAACUGAGCACCAAAAGGCUGGAUAA